AUGGUUGAAAUAGGACAUGUCAAACAGGGCUCGCCGGAGCCAGCAAACAUCGAGGCAGAUACAUUCGACGACACAGGCAGCGUUUCCGAUUACGGCAGCAGCAUCGCCUCCAGCACGACGUCCGUCAGCUCCUCCGUAUUCGAGUACCAGUACGAAAACGGUCGACGCUACCAUGCCUACAGAGCAGGCCAAUACCUACUUCCCAACGACGAACUCGAACAGGAUCGCCUGGACAUGACGCACCACAUCUUCCGGCUGGCGCUGGGAGGGGAUCUGUGCAUCACGAAGCUCGACCACCCCCAGCGCAUUCUGGAUGUCGGAACUGGGACGGGUAUUUGGGCUAUUGAAAUUGGAGAUGAAUAUCCAUCGGCACAGGUUCUUGGGACGGAUCUGAGCCCUAUCCAGCCUACAUGGGUACCCCCGAACGUGCAAUUUGAAAUCGAAGACGCCAACGAUGAAUGGACAUACGCGCCGAACAGCUUCGACUUCAUCCACGCACGCACCUUGGCGGGCAGCAUCUUCGACUGGAAUAAGUUCCUGCGAUCCUGCUACCGACACGCUAAACCAGGCGGCCACGUCGAGAUCGCCGAAGGACGAGCGAAUUUCUGGUGUGACGAUGGCACCCUUCCGGAGGAUAGCUACACUGCCAAAUGGCUUGCCGAAUUCAACCGGAUCGAACGAGAGCUGAACCUAAACUUCGACGUCUUCCCCUCCCUCUCCUCCCACCUCCACCAGCAAGGGUUCACCGACAUCCAAACGAAAGAGUUCAUCGUCCCUGUGGGCCCGUGGCCGAAGGAUAAGCGUCUGAAGGAGAUCGGACGGUGGUUCCUUCUGCAGUUCGUCGAGAGCGGACUACAAGCGUACUCACUGGCGUUGUUUACGCGGAAUGGCUGGACGGAGGCUGAAGUGCAGGUUCUCCUUGCUGGGGUUCGGGCGGAGCUUAAGCAGGUGAAGAUGCAUCUUUAUACAUAUUGCUCGUUUGUAACUGCGACGAAGCCACGCUCCUGA